UAGGGGCUGGUAGCUGUUGUUGUCCAUCGCGGAAAGCACGGAAACGCACACAAACCAAGCAGGAAAACGCUACUUCACGUUUCCAUGGUCGGAAAAUACAUUUUUUUUUGUGAGAGCGACUUGCAUUUUCCCGAGAGAGAGAGAGAGAGAGAAAAACCUGAGAGUUUGUUGUGUGUUUUGGAGUGACAAUCGCUGCGAAAUUUUGCGCAACUGUAGUGCAGGAUUGCCGAGGCUUGGUUGUUAGAAGGAGAUAGAGGAGAUAGUACACCACUGUUGAUGUGUGUCGGUCGUUCGGGAAAAAGGGGGGUUCACGAACCGCUGUAGAGUGCCUGCGUAGGGCGCAUAAAUUUUCUUCGUCAACUGAUGUAGCGAACCUGCUGUAGGUUUUCGUGUUGGUGAGGUCGGGUGCGAUAUCCUUAUUUCGCGAGUGUGACGUUGCGAUUUGAUCCUUCCUUGAGUGUUUUCGAGAAUCGGCAAGUUCAAUUCGCAUUCAGUCAAGGUUGGUCGCUCGCCGUGAGCGGAUGCUGAAGUAAAAGUGCGCGUAGCUUGUCCCCACCGUUGAUUGGAAUAGGUGGACUACGGUUCCAGAAGAUUAAUGUAAAGUGUACGGUGUACUGUUUGGACAGUGGAAAGUGUGUGCAUUAGUUUUUUUUUGUCGGUUCGAAGGAAGAAUGGAAUGCUGUGAAGUGAGCGCAAGCUAACGAAGGAAGAAAAUUUUCUUGUGGGAAGUACAACAGCUGGCACGGAAUGCAGUCUGGAAUGUUCGGUUUUCGUUGAACCGGAAGUCCCCGGGACAAGCUACGCGUACUAUUACUGGCCCUUCCUUGUCAAAGCCGCUUUUUGGAACUGGCCAGUUGGAACCGGAUUUGCUGCAAAAUCCUUUGUCGAAGUCGUUUUGCCAGCGCCCAGCAAACUUUGUGUGGAGGAAUUUUCCCAUGCUGGGAAAACCACCCUCUCUCACGCUGCAUUGAGGUGCGUCAUCUACGUAUUUAGUGUGCAGAAAGCACCAACACUGUUGAGAACAAAAGCAACAACAUUAUUUGACUGUGUCGUCGUCGUCGUCAGCGUCGGGUGAAGAGAUAGCAAGGAUGGCACUGGAGAAGAAGCUGAACGAAAUCAUCGUGUUGAACGAGGGUUACUCGUACAUGGAGCAAGACGACGAUUCGGUGAUGAUUGCGAAUUGCACCUGCACCCUGAUCAAAAGCCAUGAUUGCAAUAUCAUAGUCGAUACUAUGACCCCUUGGGAUAGCGAUCUACUUUUGCAAAAACUGCAGGAAAAUCGCAUGACUCCCGAUGACAUCACAUGGGUGGUGAGCACACAUGGACACUCCGACCAUCUGGGGAAUAAUAACCUUUUCCUUAAGGCCAAGCACAUCGUAGGAACUAAUAUCUCCCAGCGGAAUCGUUACUUCAUCCAUGAUUUCAACAGUGCUCCCUACCGGCUAUCGGAUACCAUCGAUGUUGUCGCAACGCCCGGUCACACGUUAUCCUGCGUUUCGGUGCUAAUUCGUGAGAGCAACCUGUCCCCGGGUCUGGUGGCCAUCGUAGGUGAUCUUUUCGAACGGCGUGACGAUAUCGCCGACAGUGCCCUCUGGCUGGAUGCCGGAAGCGAAGAUCCCAUGGCUCAGAGACGUAAUCGUGCCCGAAUGGCUGCCACAGCCGAUUACCUUGUCCCGGGGCAUGGAGCGAUGUUUGCCGUUGAUCAACUCAUGCGAGACGAACUGAACAAGCAGGCAGAAGAGUCGUCGUCGUCCACGUCUGAGCGUACGGAGGAGUUGCAGAAGAAGACCCAGGAAUGAUUGUUGUGGGAUGGUGGGGGUGGGGUAAGCACGAGAAGAGACGCGACGAACAGCCAGUUUCAUAAUUCGAUAAUAGUUUAUGACUUAUUGCAAGAUGUUUGGAAAAUGUAUUCGACUUUAGAUUAGUUGUUGGCUUGUGUUGAUUUUUUGAAGCUUUAUGGUUAGAAGAAUUAUUAAAAAUUAAAGUUUGAAUGAAACCGAUCCGUAAUUUUUUUUUAAUAUUAAUUUAGGAAUUCUUAACAUAAUGCUUUGCGGAAGCAAAUUCAAGAAGCUACGGAAGAGAUAAGUUAUCAGAGGAAAUAGGAGACUAGUAAAUUACAUAUUCUACGAAUUUCGCAUCAGGAGUAGCACUUGAAAUUGUUUCCAAUAUGAGUUUGAUUAGAAAACAGCUUUCGUUUUACGAGUUUGUAUUCUAUAUCCGCUAAUGUAACAAUUUUGCAGGAUUGAAAAAUCCAAGAAAAUAUAUUGAAAGAGAAAAUAUUAAACAAGCACGAUAUUAAUAUGCAAAUUUAUGAUCAUACAUGUAUGUUAGUGGAAUUAGAGUUUCAAGUUUCUUAACAAUUAUGUAUUUGUGACAAGGUAAACAAAAAAAAAACAAAACAAAACACAUGUAUUACUGAAAAAAAGAAAAGCAAACAAAAAUGUAGUAGUUUUAAAUGUUUAAUCUUUGUUCGAAGGAAAACAAAUAGUUCUACAUUUGCAGUUGAACGGUACCAAUUUCCAAAAAGGUUGUGCUGAAAUAAGAAAAAAAAAACAAAACAAACACACAUAGUAGUAGAGAACCAUGUUUUUGGACCCGCCCAGCUCAGUAGGAGCCUGGACGGGUCUUGCUUGAGAACAAGAAUGCCAAUGAACAAGCAAAAAAAAAAAUACGCAAGUAAAUACUAAAUUAUGAUUGUUUAUUUGUUUAGAGAAAUUAGGAUCGGUACGUAAUAAUACAUCGUUUCAACAGGGACUCGCAAAAAACAACACCCGAAUUGCGAGCCGAAGGAAAGUAUCAACAUCAACUUUCACACUAUUUGGAUCUAAUUCGAUUUAAAACCGGAGAAUAACAUCAGCGAACGGAAGUAACACCUGGAAAAGUGUAAAAGAAAGCUAAUGUCACUUAUAUAAAAAAAAAAAACACACACACACUAAUCAAUGUUGUUACAAAACAAAAAAGAAAACAAAUGUUUAAGACAAACCAUUACCAUUAAAUGCAGCAAAAUGAUCAUUCAUACCCAGCAUGUAAUCAAUCUCAUCGUCAAACUUAAACUCUUCUUCAACUCGAAGGAGCUCAUUAAAAAAUCUAGUGUUAGGCAUAACCUCAUGCAAAACUGAUAAACGUUUAGGAAGGUGCCGGUUGAGUAGAUCGACCAGGUUGAAAAAUCGGCUCUUCUGCUCGUAAGCAAAAGUUGGAAGAUACAAUAAUUUGUGCGAAAGAAACCAAAAUUUACAGCAGCAUGCAGCUGUAUCUUUUACUAGCAGAGUAUAACCUAAUAUUAAAUAAUGACCGAUAAAAACUGUGUAAGUUUAAGAACCUAGAAUAAGGCGUAAUUUUAAGAAAGCAGCAGCAUGAUCAUUAAUAAUAUUGUUCAUAUUAU